AUGAAUCGAAGAUUUACAAAUAGAAAGUUUUAUAAUACAAAUAUCUCUUAUUUUUUAUUAUUAUUCCUAUUUAUUACAUUAUUAUCCAUUGGUUUAAGUGAAAUAAUAGAAGAUAAUUUAAAUAAUAGUUCUAUAUUAAGUAAAGAGCUAGGAUCAAAUAAUACUAAUAUAAUUAAAGAUAAUGGUAGAUUAACUACAAAUAAAGAAAUAGAAUCUAAAAAAGAUUGGAAUUUAGAAGAUAAGAAAUAUUUAAAUAAAAGUUUAAAUAAUAAAGAUAUUAGAGAUAUAGAAAUAAAUGAUGGAGAUAAUAUAUCAUUCAUAUUAGAAGAUAAUAAUACUAUAAAAGAUUCAUAUCUUAUUAAUAAUUCAAAUAUAUCGAAAGAAAUAGAAAAUGAGAAAAUAAAUUUAUUUUCUAAUAUAAAAAAAAAUAAUACGAAUUCUUCAAAUAUAAAUGUAAAUAUAUUAAGAUCAAAUGACUCAAUAUUAAGUAAUAUAACAUAUAAUGAAUUUCAAUCUAAUAAUGUAAUAAAUAUUCUUUAUAAUUUAUUAGAACCUGGAAGUAACAAAAUAAUAGAUUUUUUAGAAAUUCAUAAUGAUUUGGUAAAUGUAAUUUCUAGAUCAAAUAAUAAAUCAAAUAUAUCAGAUGCUUAUGGAAUGUUAACAUUUUUAUGGUUUUAUGGAAUUCCGAAUAAUAAAGGAAAAAAUGAAUUUCCUUAUGGUUGGCCUAGAAAUAUGGAUAUAGCUAUACGUUAUGCUAUUAAAGGGACAACAAAAUAUCGUUGUGGGUUUUGUUAUACAUUAAUAGGUCUUUUAUCUGCUUGGGGAUAUCCUCCAAUAGUAAGUCAAGUACAUGGAUGGCUUGGAUCUAUUAAUGAUAAUAAUAUAUUUAGAAGAUUGAAUAAGGAUAAGGAUAGGGAGAUUAAUAUAAAAGAGACUGAUAAGAUAUAUCAAAAUAUAUAUUUGAUGCUUCAAAAUCCAUAUAAAUAUAGUACACUUUUUUUGGAUAAAUCUGAAUUUAGAUUUCCAAUUGAAAGGGGUGGUUAUGAUAUGGUAUAUAUAAAUUAUGCUUUAGCUUCAAAGAAUAAUGAUAUUAUAGGACAGAUUGCAUCUUCUUAUUAUUUAAGAUAUGAUUUAACAGGGAUUUCAUAUAAUUAUGAUAAGAUACCUUUAUCAUCAGGUUUUAGUUUACAUAGAAGUCCAAAAAAUAUAACAUCUAAUGUUGGUAAUUCUGAUUCUUCAACACGUUGUUUAUUAUCUUUAGAACCUUUAUUACAAGUAGCAAGUCAAACUUUAGGAGAUUUAGCUGGGACAUUUUUAGAUAAUAUGGGAUAUUUAGUACGUCCUAGUAAAAUUCCAGAACAUGAUACACGUCAUUAUGCACAAUUUGUAAGAAGUCUUGCAGCUGAAAGAGAUCCUGAAGGUUUAACUUCUUUAGGUGAAUUAUAUUAUUAUGGUCAUACUGCAGGUGGAAUAGCUAGAGAUAUAAAUCGUGCAGCAGAAUUAUGGGAUGAAGCAGCAAGACGAGGUGAUCCACAGGGAGCUUUAGCUAGAGCAUUUCUUCAUCUUGAUGGAACAUUAGGAAGAGAAGAAGAUGCAGGACCUUAUUUAAGACAAGUUGCAAGAUAUGGUGAAAUGCCAGCUUCAGCAUUAGCAAAUUAUUAUAUAUAUAAACUUGGUAUAAAUAAUAAUAAGAAUAUGACUGUUGCCGGUGAAUAUUUAAAAACUGCAGCUGAUAAUGGGGAUGGUAAUGCUCAAUUAAUUUUAGCACAUGCUUAUGCUGGUGGUAAAAUGGAUGUAAUUCCACCUGGUGGUAUUAAUGAAACAAUGGCUUUAAAAUAUUAUAAGAUGUCUGCAAAAAAUGGAAGAACUGUUGCUUUGUUUAAUUCUGCUAUAUUAACUUUAAAAGGUUCUGAUAAGUCUUUAAAAACUGAAGAAAGUAGAUGUAUUGUAGCAACAGAAUUUUUAUUUCAAGUAGUAAGAAGAAAUCCUAUUGUUAAAUUAUUACAUGCAUUAAGUAAGAAAUCAUAUAAUUCUGGUGAUAUUGUGGGAUCAUUAUUACGUGAAAUGACAUUAAGUGAAAUGGGAAUUUUAGAAGGUCAUGUUAAUUCACAUGAUUUAUGGAAAAUCUUAGCAUAUAAGAAGAUAAAUAAUAAAUUAAGAAAUAAUAAGAUAAUGAAAUAUAUUAAAACAAAUAAAGUUACCGUUUUUGAAAAUAUUAGUUUAUAUUAUAUUAUAUCAGAAUACUUUAAAAAAUAUUGUAAAAUUAUUAAUACAAAUUUGGAAAAUAUAUUAGAUAACCAAAUAAAUAUAAAAUUUAAUAAUAUAUCAAGAAAUUUAUUAAGAGAUAAUUUAAAUAAAAUUAAUAUAAUUUCAACAAGUUCUCAUUGUUUAAAUUAUCCAAAUUUAUUAUGGAGAAAAUUAAUAGGAUAUUUGGAUCAAUGUAUUAUAGAUUUAUCUUUAAUGACAUUAGAAUUCCAAUCAAAAUCUCUUGAAUAUAAUUAUCCAAUAAUAGAAUCUAAAUAUUAUCUAUUUUUUGAUCCUCUUGAUCAAUUAUCUAUUGAUCAAAGAGCUAAAUUGGAUAUAAUUUAUACAUAUAAAAAAGAUCAUUUAAAUCAAUCUAUAUCAGCAGAUUUUUUAAAUUGUUGGACUCGUCCAGAAUCUUAUUAUUCAUCAUAUUAUAAUAAUUUUACAUUAAAUAAUCAAAUAUUUACAAGUUAUAUUCAAGAUCAUAUAAAAGAUAACUAUAAAUAUGAAUUACAAACAAAAUUCUCUACUCCUAAAAGGAUUAAUUAUGGAAAUUUGUAUAAUAUUUGGUUAGGUCCAUAUAAUGGUAGUGAAGAUCUUUCUCCUAGAAAUUUUUGGUUAUUAUGCUUAAAAAUAGGUCAAUAUAUUAUUAAAUUAUUAUUGAAAUUUCCAUUAUUAUCUAAAUUACCAAAUUUUAUAUUUAAAUAUUUUAAUAUUUAUAAUUAUUCUAAUUCUAAUGAAGAUAUAAAAAAACAAUAUAAUAUAUGUUUAUGGUGUGGUUAUUAUUAUGCAGUACGAGCAUCUAUUCAAGGUGAUAUUACUUCAACUUAUGAUAUUGUUAGAUAUCAUUUAGAAGGUUCACUUGGUGCAAGUAAUAAUGAAACAAAAGCUUUAGAGUAUUUAAUUAUAGGAGUAAAUAAUCGAGAUCCUAAAUCAUUACUUCAAUAUAUAUUAUUUAUGCAUAAGGGUAUUGGAAUGAAAUCUAAUAAAGGAAAAGCAUAUAGAAUGUUAAGAUAUCUCUUAUUUAAAGGAUCUAAAAAUAUGAAUGAAGUUUUACCUCCAAUCCCUUCAAAUCCAAAAUAUAUACCUACAUUAUUAGAUACAAUAAGAGAUGUAUUUGCUCCAUUUAUUCAAAAUAAUUCAAUAAAUGAUGAUCAUAUAAAAAAUAGUUUUAUAUCUUCUAUUAAUGAAGAUAUUUUUAAUUCUACAAAAAAUAAUCAAGAAAAAGAAGACAUACAUUCUGAAGAAGAUGAAAAAGAACAAAAAUUAACUAAUUAUAAAAACAAAAAGUUGAGUGAUGAAUAUAUUUCAAAUAUUCAAUCACAACAAGAAGUUACUAGUCGUAUUAUUGCAGCUAUUGUUCUUGUUAAUUUUACUUUAGAUUGGUUAUAUAGAAGAUAUAUAUAUAAUAUAUUUAAUUUAAUAGAUUAUAGAAAUAAAUCUCAAAGUAUCAGAUUAUAUCAAGAAAAUAUAAUUAAUAAUUAUCAUGAAAUUCAAUAUCAAAAUUAUCAACAAAUUUCUAAUAAUAAUCUAACUAAAGUAUUUCUUUCAAAUCACUACAAUUAUACUACUAUAUAUUCAAGUCAAUUAUCUAAUAAAAAACAAAAUCAAAAUGAAGGCAUUUUAAAUAAUUUAUUUAAUAUAUAUUUAAUAUGGGAUUUUAUUAAAUAUAUUCAAGGAAUUUCUCCAAUGAAAAUUAUUUAUAAUAUUAUUAAAUAUCUUAAUAUACAAAAUAAUGUAAACAAAAGAUUUAAUGAUAAAGAUCAUGAAUUUAGAGAAGAUUAUCAAUUAUUUAUAUUAUUUAAUGAGUAUAAUGAAGAUCCAUUUCCACUUUCACCAAGAUUUGGUUUUGCAUCUGAUGAACAAUAUAAUCAAAUUUCUAAUAUGUGGCUUUCAUCAUUUUCAAUGAAAUUAUAUAAAUUUAUUCUGAAGAUUACUAUAAUUAUAUGUAUAAUAUCUUUAAUAUUACCUAUAAAUAUUGCAAUAUCUAAUCUUAUUCAAAGUUCUAAUAUUAAUACAUUUAGAGUCUAA